AUGAACUGGAUCGCAUCUCUCACACUCACACUCGCCGCACUGCGGCAAGUGGCCGCCACGAACUCGACGUCAUGCACGCCGAGGCUGAUGAGCUACUGGAUCAACGCCAACGCCUCCCUCGGCGAGGUUACAUCUGUUGACGCAGGAGGUGCCUUUGAGGAGAUCAGCGACGUCGCGUAUCCCGUCAAUGUAACCAACCUGCCGAGUCUCUGUGCCGUGACCUUCGUCGCCAAAACCGGAGACGGGAACGCGACGUACAAGUUCGGUCUUUUCCUCCCGGACGACUGGAACAGCGACAUCUUGACCGUCGGCAAUGAAGGCUUCGACGGUGGCGUCAACUGGCCUGCCAUGGCAGCUGGCGUCAAGUACGGCUUCGUAACCGUCUCGACUGACGGAGGACAUAACUCUACUGCAAGCAACCUCACCUGGGCCCUGAAUGAUGAGGACAGGCAGCUGGACUUUGGCUUCCGCGCUCUCCACGGCUCGUAUCAGCUGGCCCUGAGAGUCAUUGAGCGGUAUUACACACUCCCCCCCGGAAAGUCAUACUUCGCCGGCGCUGGACAGGGCGGUCGCCAGGGAUUGAAGGCCGCACAGCACUACCCGAGGGACUUCAAUGCUAUCCUCGUCGGCGCACCGGCGUGGUGGCAGACUGCUCUGCAGAGCUGGAGGAUCUCUCGCGGCUCUAAGAACGGCGCCAACGACACCAAGAUCCUCACUGAGGAGAGCCUCAAGGUUCUCGGCGACAACGUAAGAAAGCAGUGCGACGCUGCGGACGGAGUUGAGGAUGGCAUCGUCAGCGACCUCGCCACUUGUUACUUCGACUUCGACCUCUUUACCUGCGGCAAGGACGGCGUCGAUGCGUCGGCAUGCUUAACCGAGGAGCAGGUCGACCUCGCCAAGGUCCUGUACGACAACUACGAGGUCGACGACGAGCAGGUCUUCACCGGUCUGAGCCCGUCGUCCGAGUACGAGUGGACUUCUGUCGUCGGCGACAACGAUACCGAUGUCAACGAGGAGGCCCUGGGAUACUUCCAGAACUUCCUCUACAGUGACCCCGAGUGGGAUGUGUCAAGCUACAACGACUCUGUCCCUGCGUACGCCAACGAGACCAACCCCGGCGAGCUGGACGUCAACGACUUCAACCUGACCGCGUUCGCUGCCCUCGGCCACAAGAUCAUCAUGUACCACGGACUGGCUGAUGGCGUCAACCCCCUCAACGCCUCCAUCUACUUCUACGAGAGUGUUGUCAACGCCACGGGCGGUGACGUCGAGGCCACGCGCAGCUGGUUCCGCUUGUUCCUCGUCCCGGGUCUGGGAUCCAAGACCACCAGCGUCGACGCGCCGUGGUACAUCGGCGGUCCUGGCCAGUGGGAGCAGCUUGUCGAUGGUGAGACGGCAACGAUUGCUGGCUUCAACAAUGCGUCGACUGAUGCUCUUGCGGCGCUUGUCGCAUGGACAGCUGCGGACACUGUUCCGGAGUCGAUCAUCGCGACGACGUGGACCAACUCAACGGAUCCUUCAACCGAGGUACUGAGGCAACGUCCGAUCUGCCCGUGGCCUGCGACGCAAAAGUACAAUGGCGAAGGCGACCAGUCCAAGCCCGAGAGCUUUUUGUGCUAG